GAUGCCAAAAAGAAUCGCAAAGAGAUUUUUUUACGACGUCGAAGCUUGGCUGUUCGCCGCUGACAGAAAGAUCAAAGAGGUGAGGAAUUUAAUGGACGAAGCAGAAAUGGCGACAAAGAAGUGCCUUAUUGGGUUAUGCCCUAAUGUCAAGUCCCGAUACCAACUCGGUAAGAAAGCGGACCUAGAGGCUAUGGCUAUUGCUGAACUCCCUGGAGAAGUCAGGUUUUUUGGCAGAGUUUCAUACCGUACUGCUCCAGAGCCGAUAACUUUUGAACCUGCUAGAGAUUUUAAGGCUUUCCAGUCAAGAGAUUUUGUUUUAAAUGAGAUCAUGGAUGCAUUGAAAGAUGAUAGCGUCAUCGUUAUCGGGGUCCAUGGCGUUAGUGGUGUAGGCAAAACCACACUUGUCAAAGAAGUUGCUAGGCGAGCUAUGGAGGGCGAGUUAUUUGAUUCCGCAUGCAUGGCAGUUGUAACCCAAACUCCUGACAUUAAAAAAAUCCAAGAUCAAAUUGCAGACGAGUUGGCCUUAAGAUUUGAAGAAAAGAGUAUGGCAGUAAGAGCAAGUCAGUUGUGCUAAAGAUUGAUGAACGAGA